CAUUCUAGCUAAAGCACGGGAGGCUUCAGAGAGUCGUGUUGAAGCAGAGGUUGUCCCAAAGGUUGCCCGCAUGACUGUGUCAGGCAAGAAGCAGACCAUGGGCUUUGAUGUGCGAAGUGCGGAAGAAAACGGAGUUGUUGCCCCGUCAGUUCGCAGAGGGGCGAGUCCAGAGGUCACUGCUGCACCAACCACAGAGACCCCAUCCAAACCAUCGGCUGUGAAUGAAGACUCUGCCGCCCCGACCCCAACUCGACCAGCUGGAAAGAGCAAACAGCAGCUCAACAUCCGUGCUGAACUGGAGAAAAGACAAGGAGGAAAACCGCUACUCAACCUGGUGGUCAUAGGUCAUGUAGAUGCUGGUAAGAGCACUCUCAUGGGUCAUCUGUUAUAUCUGCUGGGGAACGUUAAUAAGAGAACCAUGCAUAAAUAUGAGCAGGAGGCCAAGAAAGCUGGCAAGGCCUCAUUCGCUUAUGCGUGGGUACUGGAUGAGACAGGAGAGGAGAGAGACAGAGGAGUGACCAUGGAUGUGGGCAUGACAAAGUUUGCAGAUGUGGCUGUGUUAGUCGUAGACGCCAGUCGUGGGGAGUUUGAGGCCGGGUUCGAGGCGGGGGGGCAGACCCGUGAGCACGGGCUGCUGGUUCGAUCCCUCGGAGUCACGCAGCUUGCCGUUGCUGUCAACAAGAUGGACCAGGUGAACUGGCAGCAGGAGAGGUUCCAGGAAAUCGUCUUGAAGCUCGGUCACUUUCUGAAGCAGGCUGGUUUUAAGGUAAUGUAGUCUUUGCGCAUGGAGGAUGUUUAUAGAUU